AUGAAAGCCACUCAAGCUAUCUCUGCGGCACUGUUGCAGGCUUCUUUCGUCCUCGGCCAUGGAGGAGUCACGGAGUAUCAGAUCAACGGAGAGUGGUACACUGGAAUGAAGCCCUACAACUCCCCUACGAAUCAACAGCCAAGCAUCCAACGUUACUGGCAGAGUUUUGACCCCAUCCAAGAUCCAACCUCAGUCAAUAUCAUCUGCAACAACCCUGGAACGGUAGCGCCUCUAUCUGCCGAAGUGCCCGCCGGUUCAGAGGUUGUGGAGUACUGGAACAGUGGUUGGGCGCACAACCUUGGUCCAAUGGUCACCUGGAUGACUGAGUGCCCCAGCGAGUGCUCCUCCUGGAACGGUCAAGGCGGCAAAUGGUUCAAGAUCGACGAGGCUGGGUUGUCCAGCGGGGUACUGGCGAACGGCAAAUGGGGGUCCGCGGACAUGAUCGCCCAGAACUAUAGCUGGACCUCGACGAUCCCACGGAGCUUGAAGCCGGGAAACUAUCUGUUGCGGACGGAGACGAUCGCGCUGCAUAGCAAUCCGCCGCAGUGGUAUCCGAACUGCGCGCAGUUGAAGGUCACGGGGUCGGGGACGGUGUCGCCGGGGGCACAAUAUCGGGCGAGCAUCCCGGGGGUGUAUUCGAUGAGUGAUCCAAGUAUCAAUAUCCAAGAUUUCUGGACCAGCAAGGAGACGACAUACAAGAUUCCGGGCCCAGAUGUAUGGAAGGGAUGA